AUGCAUCCUCAAACCUCCCAGAAGACCAGCUCCACCGGAUCUGGCCAGGCAUCAAAUUAUCAGUCGGGCCAAUUCCAUCCGCAAGACCCUCGUACGCCCUAUGGGUCUGGCUAUUCCCAAGCCACGAACGUCUCCACUCGCGAUAAUGCUUGUGGUCGCGAGGCCAAUGGCCCGGCCUUGUCGCAUCUUUUCGGGGGCCUGAAUCUUCAGAAUUCUCGUCCAAAGCUCGGUGCUCCCAAAGGGACUGCGCCAGUUGCGAUGAACACAAACCUCGACUGGUCGGCGAACAACCGUACCUCGUAUAACAGCCCUUUCAUCCUGGUUCCCAAUUCCACUCUUUUCAACGGUCUCCCCCAGGUUUCUUCCUUCGCUCCAAACUCGGUGCCAGGCCACACAGACCAAUUGGGCCAGUUUCCCUACCUCUCAACGGGUGUUUACCCGAACAUCAAUCCCGUGGUUCCCACGACGUACCCUUCCUGGCCGUAUAUCGUGAACUACGAUUUGCAGGACGUGAACAAGCAAAAUGGAUGGAAUACCGCUGAUGGGCAGAAGGGACCUCAAUCGGAAAACACUGGAAACAUUCAGUACCUCCCAACCACUUUUAUUCCUAGCUUGGAUGGUUCUGCUAUGUCAACUUACCCCUACGGCAGUGUCUUCCCCCAGCUUGGAUCGCUUUCCCUUCCCUUUCAAAUGAUGAAGACUACCAAUGGCUAUGUUGUUCAGGAUUUGGAGGCACUGACCCAGCAAGAUCCUCCCAUUCCACGUGCAGUGCCAGCCAUGUGGACGAACCCAUCCGAGCUGACCCUCGCAAAGUGUCUGGAGAACCGUGAAGGGAUCACCAAUGUUUACAUCCGAGGAUUUCUUCCAGAAACUUCCGAUGAAAUGCUGAAUGCAUAUGCAGCUCGCUUCGGCAAGAUCGAGCGCUGCAAGGCGAUUGUUGAUCUGGACACGGGCCUCUGCAAAGGGUUCGGAUUUGUUCAAUACUACAACUUUGAGUCUUGUGAGAAUUGCAUUCGCGGGUUUUUCUACCUUGGCUACCAGGCCAGCUUUGCCCAAAAGUCUCGCAACUCGCGUCUCAAGGACUUGGAGGACAGGUCUUCCACCAACAUCUACUGCACCAAUAUCCCAAUCGACUGGACUGAAGCAGACCUGCGCCGCCAUUUCGAGCCGUAUCGUGUGGUGUCCGAGAAGAUCAGCCGUGACGAAAAAACGGGAGUGAGCAAGGAAGUGGGAUUUGCACGCUUUGAAACCCGCGACAUCGCCGAGACGGUCUUGGGCGAGUUCCAUAAUAUCACGAAGGAGGAUGGCGUGAAGUUGCUCUUGCGGUUUGCAGAUACCAAGGCCCAGAAGAUGCUAAAGCAACAGAGCAACGAGCGCCGUGCCUAUCGCGCUGGAGAAUACAACUACUCCGUGGAAGUUGUGCAGGGAUCGACUCCGUCGCCGUCUCUGCAACGCUUCCCACAAAACAACUCUCAAAUCACACCCAACUCUCAGGUUAGCUACACAUCCCCAGUUGGAGCGGGCUCCAACUGGACUCCGGCCACUUCGAUUUCUCCCACUUACCCUCUCGCGAAGAAGGCAACAAGCAGUGCGCGACAAAGCUCCCUGUCUUCUCGCAGUCUCAAUGCUCUCGAGCACACUCCUGUCUACCGUGCCCGACCCUUCUCCAUGAAUCGUCGCUCUAUGACCGAUAUCUCUGGUGCAUCGUCUAAGACGGCGAUGCCGGAAUCUCCCACCCUCGAGCCUCGCUCCUACAUGUCAAGUCCACGAAAGGAGAACCACAAGGCAGGAUCCGUGUCCCCUGUGUCCUCUCGCAUGGAGAUUAUCAUUUCCACGCCCCGUUCGUGCACUUGA